AUGGAGGCGGUGGCGGUGCUCGGGAGCAUCCCCGGGGUGUUGAGGGCGCCCGCGGGUGUUAACCGACGUAGAAAUCGCGGACGCGCGCGCGGAAGCGCGAUCGUGACGCGCUCUGCGGCGCGACGACCCUCUUUAGGCCGCGGCGUCUCCCCGGAACCGGAGGCGCGGGAGUCGCGUCAGCAUGCUGCCCCCCUCAACGGGUCCGUCCCCGGAGCUCCCCGCGCCGCCACCCCGGCGCCGAAAUCGAACCUUCGCGAGGGUACCAAGACUAACGCGGUGCCCCUCGGCUUCAUCGUCGCCGCGGGCGGGCCGUCAUCCGUCGCAACGUCCGCGGUGGAGGCGCUCGCCAAGGCGAAGAAACUCGCCGAGGAUGCCGCGCGGAGGGGCGUCCCCGGGCCGCGGGUCGUCGCUUCGACCGUCACGACGCUGCCCAAACCGAAGACGCUGGAGUCGGAUCCGUCCCUUUUAAACCCCGCGAGGGCGCCGAACCUUUCCGACACCGCCGGGGCGACGCGAUCCGUCGUGCUCGUCGACGGCGCGUCGCGCCUGUGGAUCACCGAAGACGGCCGGGUCCAACUCCGCAGGUGGAAGAAGGCCAAGACCCCGGGCGGCAUGCCAACGGAGGACCUCGUGUCCACCGCCCACGUGCAACUCCCCAAGGAGUGCGUGGGCGUCCCGGGAGCGUUCACGCGCACCGUCCGCGACGACGACGGCAACGCGAUCGGCGCCGAGGUUCGCUGGGGCGUGGUGGCGAGAUUGAGGGUCGAGUCGGCGACGUCGCGAUGCUUCGGCCAUUCACGCGUGGACGAUUGGAGCGCCAAGCUCGCGGAGGGUUUCGUGGCCGAGUUUAGCGUCAACGCGGAGGCGUGCGUCGAGCCCGAGCACGCGAUGGCGGAGUUCAAGGUUGACGUGGACGUCGCCGGGGACUGGUUCGGGGGCGGGCACCUGAUGAAGCAGCACUGGCCCCUGAAUUUAGGGUGCUGGGAGGUUGGCCCGCACUACCCGUUCGAUAACGGACCGAACGGGAUCAACACCCUGGUCGCCACGCACUGGGUCACCAGCCGCGGGUUGGCGGUGCUCGCGGACCCGGACACGCCCUACCUCCACGUGGGUCUCAACGCCCCCAAGCCCAAGGGGGCGUGGGACUCGUUGGUGUCCAACAGAAGUUUCGGCGUCGGCAUCCAGAACGCGACGCGGCUUAUUUUACCCAUGAAGCAGGGCGAGCGUCAGGGCGACGGCGUGUUGCGCCUCCAGGCCCGCGCGGGUUUCCACAAGGGCCGCGGCGCGUUCUCCAUGGACCACCCGAUGAUUGGUUGGGAGGCUAAGAGUUCCGCGGUUGUCGGGUCGGUUGACGAGGGCCUGGACCGCGAUUACGAAGACGAGAGCCAGUGGCUCUCCAUGCGCGUGGGGUUGCUCGCGCUGGACAACGUGAAGCACGCGACGGAGGCGUGCUUGCAAACCCUGAAGAAACCCAGCGGCGCGCCGCCGAGCGAGGUCAUCAGAGCCCCGAUCUGGACCACGUGGGCGAGGUACAAGCAAAACGUGGACCAGAGAAAGACGCUCACCUUUGCGCGCGAGAUUCUCGAGAACAAGCUCCCCCGCUCGGUGAUGGAGAUCGACGACAAGUGGCAGAGCGGCUACGGCGAGCUGGACUUCGACCCGUACAAGUUCCCGGACCCCAAGGGCAUGGUUGACGAGCUGCACGCCAUGGGGUUCAAGGUUACGCUGUGGGUGAUGCCGUUCAUAGAGGAGGACACCGACGCGUACAGGGAGGGCAAGCCGCUGGGGUACUUUGUCGAGUCCGACCACCUCCACCACCCGUUCGACGCCAUCGUCAACGGUCUCAAGCCCGGAUUCUUUAAGUGGUGGAACGCGCCGCCGGUCGUGGCGCUGGACGUCACCAACCCCGCCGCGGUUGAGUGGUUCGUGAACCGGCUCGAGUCCCUUCGCUCGCGAUACGGCGUCGACGGGUACAAGUUUGACGCCGGCGAGCCCUGCUUUCUGCCGCGGCACUUCGAGACGCACAAGCCCCUGACGCACCCGAGCGAGUACACGCGAUGCUGGGUUCAGAACGUCGCCGCGAGGUUCGAGCUCGCGGAGGUUCGCACCGGGCACCACACCACCGGCACAAGCCUGCUGACCCGCAUGGGCGACAGGUUCAGCGACUGGGGCACCGGCAACGGCCUUCGCAGCAUCAUCCCCACCUUGCUCACGAGCGGCAUCACCGGGUACCCGUUCUGCCUCCCGGACAUGAUCGGGGGUAACGCGUACUUUGGUAAGUUCCCCGACAGGGAGCUGCUGGUGCGAUGGGCGCAGGCCAACGCGUUGAUGCCCGCGCUGCAGUUUUCGUUGGCUCCGUGGGACGUGGGCUCGGAAGCCGCGGAUCUCACCAGGAGGUCUCUGGAGAUUCGAGAGAAGGUUGUCGAGAAGCUGGUGCACCUCACGGAGGCGGCGGCGCACUCGCUCGAGCCCAUGUGCAGGCCCAUGUGGUGGCUCGCCCCCGAGGACGAGGAGACGUACAGGAUCCAGGACCAAUUCGCGGUGGGCGACGACGUCAUCGUCGCGCCCAUCGUCGAGAAGGGCAAGACUAUGCGAGACGUGUACCUCACCGAGGGGCUGUGGGUGGAGGCGAGCGACCCGACGGGUAAGGUGUUCGUGGGCGGACAGUGGACCAGGGAUUUCCUGGCGCCCCUCGAGAAGCUCCCGUGCUUCAUGAGGGUGGCCAUCGGCGAGGAGGAGUACUGCGACGUGGGCGACAUGUGGGAGGACCCGCCGGCGUCGAAUUCAGAGCAGUGA